CUACGCCUGCGCGCCUCUCCUGCUCCGCUGCUCCUGGCGCUCUCGGCUUCUUGACGGUGCCCUGGCGUCUGAGGCCGCGCACCGCUCCCGGAAGUGGGCUCGCGUCCCGCGUCUCCUGCUUCAGGGCGGCGACCGUCCUCACGGUGGCGGCCACUGCAUCUGGUCCCACCUCCGCGGCCCUAGGCGCGGUGGUAUCAGCGGGCCCCGAGCCUAUGACGGGUCAGGGCCAGUCGGCGUCCGGGUCGUCGGCGUGGAGCACGAUAUUCCGCCACGUCCGGUACGAGAACCUGGUAGCGGGCGUGAGCGGCGGAGUCCUGUCCAACCUCGCGCUGCACCCGCUCGACCUGGUGAAGAUCCGCUUCGCCGUGAGUGAUGGAUUGGAACUGAGACCGAAAUAUAAAGGAAUUUUGCAUUGCUUGACCACCAUUUGGAAACUUGAUGGAGUACGAGGACUUUACCAAGGAGUAACCCCAAAUGUGUGGGGUGCAGGUUUAUCCUGGGGACUCUACUUUUUCUUUUACAAUGCCAUCAAAUCAUAUAAGACAGAAGGAAGAGCUGAACGUUUAGAAGCAACAGAAUACCUCGUCUCAGCUGCUGAAGCUGGAGCCAUGACCCUCUGCAUCACAAACCCAUUAUGGGUAACAAAAACUCGCCUUAUGUUACAGUAUGAUGGUGUUGUUAACGCCCCACAGCGACAGUAUAAAGGAAUGUUUGAUACACUUGUGAAAAUAUAUAAGUAUGAAGGUGUGCGUGGAUUGUAUAAGGGAUUUGUUCCUGGGCUGUUUGGAACAUCGCAUGGUGCCCUUCAAUUUAUGGCAUAUGAAUUGUUGAAGUUGAAAUACAACCAGCAUAUCAAUAGAUUGCCAGAAGCCCAACUGAGCACAGUAGAAUAUAUAUCUGUUGCAGCAUUAUCCAAAAUAUUUGCUGUAGCAGCAACGUACCCAUAUCAAGUUGUGAGAGCUCGUCUUCAGGAUCAACACAUGUUUUACAAGGGCGUAUUGGAUGUAAUCACAAAGACAUGGAGGAAAGAAGGCAUCGGUGGAUUUUACAAAGGAAUUGCCCCCAAUUUGAUUAGAGUGACUCCAGCCUGCUGUAUUACCUUUGUGGUAUAUGAAAAUGUCUCACAUUUUUUACUUGACCUUAGAGAAAAGAAAAAGUAAGCUAAAAGAAGAUAAUUCCAGUACAUCUCCCAAAGGCAACAACAUGCUUCUUUGUGUUUGAGAUGUAAAACUCAGAAGAAUACUGCACAGCAACAUGGCUCAUAAUCAAAAUUGGUCUAUAAUCAUUAGAAGUCAAAGGACUGCUAAAUCCUGGUAAUAUUUUUCUUCUUUUUGCCUUCCCCACAUGUAUGGGACUUGGCUACGUCUGCCUGAAAUGGCUGCCAUCUACACAAUGGUAAAACUGACCUCAAGUGGAGAGUUUCACAAAUUUCUCCAUUUCGUUGUUCAAGUAGAAGCUGCUUUGCAGCAUUUGCUAAGUGAAUUAGAUGAAUGUGCUGCUUUUUCUGACCUUAUUUGCCUGGAUUGGCUUUAAAAUUGACCUCUGUGCAGUAGCAAGAAAAUGGCUUCUUAAAAGAAUGUCAUUGCUAUUUCAAGGGUAACUUAAACUUUAAGGAUUUGCUGGAAAAGGCAUUGCCCAAAUCCAGAGCAUUCUAGAACUGGGAGAUUUGGGUGAGAAAAAAUAAUCCACUAUAAAUGUGCUUUAGUUUUAAUUCAAUUGGAAUGCACUAACUAGAGAAAUUUGAGAUAUACUUCUGUUAAUUCAAGAAAUAUCUAACAUCUGUUGUCAUUCCGUUGCUAAUUUUUUUUCCAGAGGCUCUUCCAUAAUUUAAAAUGUAAUCCUGGAUCCAGUUAUUAUUGUUAUUUGUUGGCAUAGAUACUUAUAUCAGCUCUUAUUUAGCAUGUUUGGCUAUAAAUCACUUAUUGGAGUUGCUAAUAGAGCACCUUAUACAGAUACUGGAAUGAUUGGGAUGUGUUUGUUGACAAACUAUAUGGAAAUGAGAAACUUGAACUUCCUACUUCAGUUUUUGAAUAUAUGGGUCCAAAUCCCAAAUAAAUGAUUAAUCUACAUUGGUUGUUUAUAUUCAGGCUUAAAUACAAAUUACAUUAAGGGCCAUUAUUGAUUUUACUUUUAUGAGUCAUUGUAAAUAUCUAUAAAGGCCUACUCCAAAAGGAUACUAAUAUUUUUAUUUAUCAUCAACAUCUAUGAAUGCUGUUGUAUUACAUCUAUUUGUUGUAAAUAAAGCAUUGUGGUUUUCAAAGCCAUAUUUAAAUGGUUCUUUGAAAAUAGGUCUAUUUUUUAUAUUUUGAAAAUGGCAUUGUUUUAAAAAUAAAGAUGAAAUAAGUACCUAAUUGUAUUCACUGUAAUCUCUUGUAACAUGCAAGGAAUGCUUUAUAAAUUAAAUGUGAUAUAUUUUUUC